AUGAGUGCUAGGGAAUGGACACAAGCACAGGAACCGCCUUCAAAAGCUAUGAAGAACAAUCAGAUCCAGGGAAGACCUGACUCGUUCCCAACCGGGACAAUUGCAUGUAACACUGAUGCAGCCUGGAGAAAGGAAUCCUCUGAGGCAGGUCUCGCUUGGAUCUUCGACUCUUCUACAGCGCCCAACGUGUCGAAUGGAUGCAAGUUCCAACCAGGCGUGGCAUCGGUUCUUAUGGCUGAAGGCCUGGCAGUUAGGGAAGCCCUUUCCCACGCCUUACACACCGGUAUCUCUAAAAUCUGGCUCCGAUCAGAUUCUCUGUCGCUGAUCAACGCGAUAAAUUCGAUUUCCAAGCCGAUGGACCUCUAUGGAGUCCUUUCGGACAUCGAACGCCUCUCUGUUUCCUUUGAGUUCUGUUGUUUUUCGUUUGUUGCUAGAGAAGAAAAUGGGCCAGCGGACAGUCUGUCCAAAGCCUGCUUGUAUCACUCUAUUACUUCUUGGGCCUGA